AACACAAUAAUAUUAAAACAAAAAAAAGGAUACAUAAGCUAGCUUAUAUUCAGAUUCAGAUUCAGUUUAUUGUCAUUUAGAAACCACAAAUUCAAUGCAGAUAAAAAAAUGAGACAACGUUCCCCUAGAAUGAUAUCACAAAAGUAUAUGACAAAACAGACUGCACCAGAAAAUCCACAUAACGUUUGGCAAUCCCCAAUCCAGAGUCCAGAGAGGCUGCUGCGUAUUAAUAUCGUGUCAUCAUCUAGCGCGAUCCCCGGAAAGGAGCUCCAAAUCCACCAGACAAAACAAGACCAAAAACUAAAGCUACAAGAUCUGCACAAAACCGCAUAGUUACAACAGUGCAAACAAUAGCAUAAUUGAUAAAAAAAAACAGACUAUGGGCAUAGUAAAAAUAGUCCAAGAUGUUAAAGGACUGUAAGUUCAAAAGAAAUCACCACAGUUUCCACAAGUCCCCAGGGUCCUGACAGACUCGCCAUCUCACGCCAGAGGCAGAAGGGAGUAUCCCCGCUAUGGACUUCCAAGGUGCUGCCUGACUCAACCUCAUAGACACAGCACACAAUGGAAGCUCCGUGGAAACCAGCCUCGCAGGCACAGCACACACCGAAAGCGACCUGAGUCUGUCGAAAGGACUCCAAGUCCAUCGAACCUCCGAGCCGAUGACCAUCCCCUCCGGCACAGCUUCUCCGAGCACCAUCCUCUGCCGAGCGUAUUAAGAUGGCCCCGCCAACGGCCAUCAGCAACACGACCCCGAGGACUGGGGGCCUGUUCUUCCCAGCAGAGUCCGGGACUUCACAGCAGCAGCAGCAACGAAGUAGGUCUUGCUGGAAUUUCCCAAUGUUUCUCCGUGCUUCCACGUCCAUUUUCAAUCGAUUAUGAUUGCGCACGGCACCCCACUUCACAAAUAACAGAUGAUAAGUUCCAGAGUGGCUGCUGCAAGCUGCGUCGCGCUGCCAUCUUGGAUAACCAUGUUGGAGAGGUCAUAUACAUAGAUAAUAUGACAAUAGAGUUCUGCUAGGCACAGGAGAGUCUGUGCAUUAGGUGACAGGAAAUGAUAAAGUAGUGGUGAUUGGGAUGGGUUAGUGGGUGGACUGUUGAUCAGCCUUACAGCUUGAGGAAAAUAACUGGUUUUGACUCUGGUGGUCCUCGUGUAGAUACUGUGUAACCUCCUUCAUGAAGAGAGUGGGACAAACAGUCCAUGAACAAGGUAGGUGGGAUCCUUCAUGAUGUUAUUGGCCAGUGAUGUGCUGGGCAGUUUUGACUACACGUUGUAGGACCUUUCUGUCCACUGCAGUGCUUUUUCUGUACCAUGCAGUGGUGCAGCUUGUUAGGAAGCUCCCUACUGCAUAUCUACUGUCGAAUGACAGAGUCCAUACUGAAAACAACAAUCUUUGCAGCAGCUUAUUCUGUACAAAAGUGCACAGUAGUAUGAAAUGGUUACUGUUUAACAGGGAUAUGAAAUAGUUAUUUUUUAACAGGGAUUAGCCAUAAACUAGUUAAUGUCAAAGCUUAACGUAGCAUCAUGAAGAUUGAAGGUUAUUUGCUGAAUAAAAAAGUUCAUGUAAGUUCCAUCUUAUAACAUCCUUUACAGUAUCUGUUUAUCCUUUAUGGAAUGUGGACAUACCAAGGCCAGCAAUUACUGUUAACAGCAAUUUCUUUACUUGGGUGUUGGUAAAAUGCUGUCAGAGAUCACUAACCAGUGUAGAGAAGGUACUCCGAUAGUGGUGCCAGACUGGAGUUCUGGAGGCAAUAAAGUAAAAGUGAGAUGUACGAACAAAAAAAUGAGUGUGUUUCUCACCCCUCAGUGUACCUUCCAUUGAAUCAGAUAGUAUUUUGACUGAAGCCCCAACUCUACAUUCCUCUCCACUUCUUUCACCUGCUUCUUUCACCUAAAUCUACCUCAGCUGUAAAAAUGUUCAAAGACGUUGCUUCCACUGCACUUUAAAACUCAGUUCUCUGAGAGAACAGAUUUUAUCUGUCUUGCUACCAGGAUAUUGACAUUGCUAGCAGAGGUGAGAACACAGUAGACCUAGUUUACGCCAACAUCCGUAGUGCCUACAACGCUGCUCCCCACUAAUUAAAUGUGUACAACCAGUUCAAAAGAAGAUAAAGACCUGGCCAGAAGAAGAAACUUCAGCAUUACCGGACUGUUUUGAAAGCUGAAACUGGGACGUGUUCAGGGAGGUGGCUGCCUACCACCAUCACAUUAACAUUGAUGAAUACCUGUGACUGGCUACAUAGAGAAAUGUGCUGAGGACAUCACUAUUAUUUAACACAUCUAUGUGAGUGCAGUCAGAAGCCAUGGUUCACAGCAGAAGUCUGAGCAUGGCUGAGAGAUCAGGAAUGCAUUCAGAUUGGAGGAUAAGACAGACCUCAGGUCAGCAAAAGCUGCACUUUUCCUGUGCCAUCAAACGGGAUUAUUCACAAAAAAUAUACGGCCAUUUCUGUGACACCAGAGACAUGAGGCACGUCUGGAAGGACAUUCAGACUAUAAUGGUCUGCAAAUUAAUCCUACAUGUCAACGCCAGUGAAACUUCUCUUUCUAAUAGGCUGAAUGUCUUUUUUGCUCGGUUUAAUGUGUGGACAGUUACCUUUCUUAAUGACUACCGUCCAGAGGCACUGACCUCAAUAAUACUUUAGUGCUUUGAACAGCUGGUUAUGGAUCACAUUAAGUCCCAUCUUCCUGCUUCAUUGGACUCUUUCCGGUUUACUUAUUGCUCAAAUCGAUCUACUGAUGACACUAUAGCCUCUGCACUCCACUCUGUCCUGUCCUGGUGCAUCAUAUGCCGGGAUGCUUUUUAAUGUCUUCAGCUCAGCAUUCAAUAUGAUCUUCCUCAAAACCUGAUGGGUAAACAGUCCUCAAUGGAUUUCAACAUCUCUCUCUGUAACUGGAUCUUGGAUUUCUUGAUGGAAAGGCCACCUUCAUUUUGUUUUGGCAGAAAUAUCUCUAGCUCCAUCACGCUGAGAGCCAGUGCUCCCCAGGGCUGCGUACUCAGUCCACUGCUGUACACGCUGGUGACACAUGACUGCACUACUUGAUCCGCUUCAAACCGAGUACACUGAUUACACAACAUCGACAUCGAGACAUCAUACUGAGAGGAAGUAGAGUGGCUGGUAAAAUGGUGCGAGCAUAACAACUUGAGUCUCAACUUGGACAAGAACAGAGAGAUCAUUGUGGACUUGAGGAAAGCUGGACAUUCGUCACUGCACAUACACAGCUUCUCCCUGAAGAGAGUUAGGAGCACUAAGAUUUUGGGUGUGUACGUAACGGAUGAUCUCAUCUGUUCCCUCAACACCACCUCUUUGAUCAAGAAAGGACUAUAACAUCUCCACUUCCUGAGGAAAUUGAGGCGAGUGAAGUUCCUCCCUCCCAACUAUUUUAACCAAAUUUUCUAAGAACCGAUCAGCUGCAUCUCCAUCUGGUUUGGGAUUUUCAAGGCAUCUGACCAGUAGACCCUGUAAAGGAUGGCAUGGAUUCUGAGAGGAUCAUUAGUGUCUCUCUUCUAUCCUUCAGAGAUGUUUGUCAGAAUUGCUGCAUACACAGGGCCCUCAGCAUGGUCAAUGACCCCUCCCAUCCGUACAACAGUCUCUUUGACCCCCCCUCCCCUCCCAUCAGGCAGGAGAUACCAUAGUAUUAGCAUAAGAACUGUUAGGAUGGCAAACAGCUUCUUCCCCCACGCUGUAAGGCUGUUGAACUCCUGCCAUCACCCAGCUUCAUCACGUUUGAAGCACAAGUUCUGUUAUACUGUUUACUUUUUCACUUAUAUGUGCACUUUAUUUGCUGAUUUAUUUGUGGUGAUGUUACUUCAUGUGUUACAUGUGUGAAUUAUACGGACUGUCUUGUGCAUCUUGGUCGGCAGGAAUGUUUGGCAGUAUACAUGUGUACAGUUGAAUGACAGUAAGUGUAAACUUGAACUUGAAAAGCGAUCACUUACUAUGAAAUAGCUAUCUCUUGUUCUAGAUUCUCUCAUGUAAGGAAACAUCUAUCCACAUCCACCCUGUCAAGACCCCUCGAGAUCUUUAAUGCAUUCUCACUCUCUAGUAAACUCUAGUAAAAUGCUUCUGAGUCAGGAUAAUUUAUGACUUUGUGAGGAACCUGCAGUUCCAAAGUGCCUGAUUUUAUGAUAAAUGGUUUGGCAUGGACUAAAUGGGCUGAAUGUUGGUGUUGUACUUUUCUAUAACACCUUGACUCUAUCUGGAGCUGAAAAGGUUGAAUAGGAAUAUGAAAAGACUGCCCUGAAAAACUCUAACAGCGAUGAAUUUUGUACUCAAUGAGUAAAUUUUAAAGGUCUAACCACUAUUGUGUAUGCAAAUAUGCAGCCAAAUUGUGCACAAUCUUUCAAAUAAUCUAAGUGCAAAAAGCUAUAAAAUCGAAAGUGUCCAAUAAAAAAAGCAGAAAGUGCUAGUUGAUAACUUUUCACCAGAACCAGGAAAAGUUACAAACAAUUUUUUUUAAGUUGCAAAGGAGAUGAGGUAAGAAGAAAAAAGUAAUCUGUGAUAGGGUGGAGACCGAAAGAGGCAGAAUGCGAUGUGCGUUGGCUUGUCAAGCACAGCUAAUCUGCAUGAGAUGUCAGUAGGAGGGCAGACGCUUGUUUCGAGGUGAUAAAACAAAACCCAACACAAAUUUGAGAAACAGCAUCAUGGAAACUUUUUUUUCAUUUCCUUCAUCCCACAUCCUGACUUUGGAAGAGAGAUUAGACCUGUGCCUGGUUCCAUGCACAGUUGCACCAGGACCCUAUCAGCCAGCUAACCCUCAGGAUUCAACAUCAACUUCCUUGAUAAUCAAUGUACAGAACUAUUCCAUUGUUAUGGUGAAAAACCAUAAUGUUAGUUCAAAGCAUGGCUUGCUUCCUUGUGUGGGUAUACUGCAGAAUUUUAUGGAAGACUAAUGCCUUUUAAAACAUUACACCUGUAGUUAUAUUAAGUAUUUGCAGAUUCAUGAUUUUUAUUGUUUUAUUUAUUUUUUAUUAUUUCUUUCUUUCAUAUUUGCACAGUUUGUUGUCUCCUGCAGACUGGUUGAACGCCCAAGUUGGGCAGUCUUUCAUUGAUUCUGUUAUGGUUAAUAUUGUGUAGAUUUAUUGAGUAUGCCUAAAAGAAAAUGAAUCUCAGGGUUGUAUAUGGUGACAUAUAUGUACUUUGAUAAUAAAUUUACUUAAAACUUUGACUUUUAUGAGAUAUUUUGUUUCAGAACUUAAUUCUACCUUUUUUCUUGGCAGCUGGUAGUUAAAUAGCCAGUCAUCAAUUAACUAACAAUUAGAUAGCUUACCUCUUUUAAAGUGCUGUAAAGUGAAAACACCCAGACGCAUCUCUUUUCAAUUCUAGUGCAAGUAAAUAACAUACCUGUUAAAGCCUUUCUACAUGCUUGUUGAAGAAUUUUCUUUAGUGCAUGGCUUACAUAUAUUCCUGAGAUAAAGUUCUAAUUUGUUGUACAUAUUCAGGAUAUUAAUGCCAUGAAAAUUAAUGUUUUGCAGCAGCAGUGCACUACAUUUCAAACGUGAGAAACUCAAAUUCCCAUAAACUGAAAUGAACAUAAAAACAGACAUCUUAUCCUAUCUUGAUGUUCAAAGCUGGGUAGUGUGUUUUGUGGUUUCACAUGCCCAGGAAAUGUUUGUACUGUCCACCUAUUAGUCUGACUAUAUGUCCCCACCUCUGUUUCUUCCCAAACACAGUAACUGCAAAGUCAUCAUCUCUUAAAUUUGCUAUCCAUUAAUCUGUAGGCAUCUUGUAUGUAUAGUAGUGAUGCCAAACUCUUUCAAAGUCUGAAACAAAUAUUUUGAAAUCAGUUUGAACUUGUGUGUUUCAAGUACAUUGGCUGGAAAUUAUAGCAUGAAAUAACAUUUUCCCCUGAAAUAACUUCACACACGAAAUCCAUGCCAGUUUCUUUGAAGACUGCCUGGGCACAGUUUCCUUCUGUAUGCAAUGCAACCAGUAUAGUUUAAGCAUAUUUUGAGAAGCUCCUACUUGUGUGCUUUAGCAAUGGCAGAAGAUCUGAAAGCAGUGGUUCUGGAUGGGAUUUCAAGAAGUGAAUUUGACUUGCAAUGGAUGGUUUUCGUGAAAGUUAUUUUAUCUUGUGGCCUUGAAACAGAUCACCGGGGAAUAGUGAGAGUUUGCUCCCAAAUCUUCCAGCCCCACCAUCCCUGAACGUUUCUGGUCAUUUAUCCUAAAAUAGUUUGGCAUUAAAUUCUGUUUGAAAAUUCUUGUGAAAUCUCUUAAUAUACCCUUCACUUUUACAGGAACUACAUAAAUACCCUUGACUUUCUCCAGUCUUCAGAGGAACAGAGAAUGAAAGAGUGGAACUGAUUAAAUUGGAAUGGUGAUUGAGAUACUAGGUAGAUCACUACUCUGCAGCAGAUCAAAUGAACAGAACAUCAGCAUUGUGCUGGGCAAAUUUUUAAAAAAAAACUUACCAGAAUGUAUUUUACAGGCAGAAUCUGCAACUGCAAUGGCAACUUUUCAGAGAGAACACGUGUGCCCAGGCUAAGUGACUUUUAAAAUGCAGCACCAUGUAAUGAUGAGGAAUUAGUUGGGCUUUAUCUUCACAUUGAUGGAGUCUUUCUUUAAAUUUGGCCAAUUGCUUACCCAGUUAGCAAGAGGAUAUUUUGGUGCCAUUAACCCAAAUUCUAGAAGGUAGAAUGUAUGCACACGUGCUUACCAUUGUUUAGAAAUCCAUCUUGGUCAGUACAAAGACAUUGUAAAUUGUUAGAGUGAAUCUUGGAAAUAGAAUCUAAUAUCCAGACACCAUAUAUAUUACAGGGAUGAAUUUCUUGGAAUGUGAGCCAUUUUUGGGAUGAAAAUCAGUGGAUUUCCUCUACCUAGAAAUUCAGUCCUGAUGAUUUAGAGCCAAUCCUGAUGAAGAGACUCAGCCUAAAACACUAACUGUUUAUUCUCCUCCACUGAUACUGCCUGACCUGUUCAGUGCCUCCAGCUCAAGAUGUCCAGCAUCUGCAGAAUCUCUUGUGUUUAAAAUCAGCACAGUUUAUCUAGUAAAAGUCAGUAACAAUGAUCAUUAGACUAAGAUCUAGAGACCGAGCUAUUUAAGCAUCACAGCAAUUAAAAAAUCAUAUUAUAGUGGCUAAUUGGAGCAUUGGAUGGAACUGCAAAGUAUUUUACAGCUGGUGAGAAAUGGAAUGAUGUUGGUGUUCAGCAGUAGCUGACUUUCCUUGUAUGCAAGUCAUCAAGGUGCUUGAAGCAAUUAGGAAGGCAAAAUGCAAAACGAUUUGAGUACAAGAGUGGAGAUUAUAUCGAUUACAUGGGACCCUGGAUAUUUGGAAUAUUACCAUAUGUGCAAGUCUGGUCUCCCUUCCUGAGGAAGGGUACACAGUACAAGUUAAGAGGGGCACUGUGAGGGUUCUCGAGAUUCUUUGGAUAGAAUGUUGGCCAUUUGUGGUGAGAUUAAGUUCACUGGAACUCUCUGGAGUUUAGAAGAGUGAGAAAUGAUUUCAUUAAAAAUAAAAAUGCUCAUGAAGUCUGAAAGUGUAGAUGUGAGGAUGGUAUCUCAUCUGGCAAAGUUGUCUAAACCCAAAGAUCACACUAUCAGUUUAAGAGACUGUCUAUAUAGAAGAAAUUUCAUUACACAUAGUAUGGAUCUUUGGAAUUUUGUGUCCAAUGGCUAUUGCUGCCAAGUACAUUCAAGAUUGAAACAUUGUUUGGAUAUUAAAGGAAUCAAAGAUAUAUCGGUUAGUUUAGGAAAAUGGCACUGAAGUGGAAGAUCAGUCAUAAUCUUACUGAAUGGCACAGCAGCCAGAAAGGGCUGUGAUCUCUCUCUUGGAGGCUGACAUCAAGAGGUUGAGACCUUGCAAAGCAUCAGACCCUUAUGGUAUACUUCCUAGGGCACUGAAAAUCUGUGCCACCCAACUGGCAGGAGUAUUCAAACACAUCUUCAAUUUCUCACUGCUGCAGCCAGAGGUUCCCAACUGCUUUACAAGGGCUACAAUCAUACCUGUGCCUAAGAAGAGCGGGGUGAGCUACCUCAAUGACUAUCACCCAGUUGCACUCACAUCUACUGUGAUGAAGUGCUCCGUGAGGUUAGUAAUGGUCAGAAUCAACUCCUGCCUAAGGAAAGACCAGAACAUGCUGCAAUUUGCCUAUUGCCACAAUAGGUCUACAGCAGAUGAAAUAUUACUGGCUGUCCAUUCGGCAUUGGAUCAUCUGGAUAAUAGCAAUGUCUAUGUCAGACUACUGUUAAUUGAUUCCAGUUCAGUGUUCAACAUAAUCAUAGGCUCAGUUCUCAUCAACAAGCUCCAAAACCCGGGCCUCUGUACCUCCUUCUGCAACUAGCUCCCUGAUUUCUUCACCAGAAGACCACAGUCCAUGCAGAUCGAAAUAACAUCUCUUUGUUGGAGCAACUCAAGGAUACAUACUUAGCCUACUGCUCUGAUCUCUCUGCAGGCACAAUUAUGUGGCUAGGCACAGGUCAAGCAGCAGCUAUAAAUUUGUUGAUGACACAACUAUAGUUGGAAGUAUUUCAGAUGGUGACGAGGAGGCAUACAGGAGCAAGAUAGAUCAGCUAAUUGAAUGGUGAUUGGAACAACAUCUUGCACUCAGUGUCAGUAAGACCAAGGAAUUGAUUGUGGGCAUCAGGAAGGGGAAGCUGAGGGAACACAUAACAGUCCUUCUCGAGAGAUCAGCAGUGGAAAGAGUGAGCAGUUUCAAGCUCCUGGGUGUCAACAUCUUUGAAGAUCUAUCCUGGCCCCAACAUAUUGAUGCAAUUAUGAAGAAGACAUUACAGCAGCUAUAUUUCAUUAGGAAUUUGAGGCGACUUGGUAUGUCAUCAAAGACUCUUGCAGAUUUGCUGCAAGUAGACCAUAGAAAGCAUUCUAACUGGUUACAUCAUUGUUUAGCAUGGUGGGGCGACUGCACAGAAUCGGAAAAAGCUGCAGAAAGUUGUAAGCUCAGCCAGCUCCAUCAUGGGCACUAGUUUCUCCAGUAUCCAGGUCACCUUCGAAAGGUGAUGCCUCAAAAAGCAGCAUCCAUCAUUAAGGGCCCCAUUCUCCAGGAUAUGCCCCCUUCUCAUUACUACCAUCAAAGAGGAGGUACAAGAGCCUGAAGACCCAUAUGCAACAUUUCAGGAACAGCUUCUUCCCCUCUGCCAUCGUAUUUCUGAAUGAGCAAUGAACCAAUGAAUACUAUCUCACUAUUUUUGGCCUCUUUUUUUUUUGCACUACCUACAAAAUUUCAAAUACAUAUUUUUUGUAAUUUAUAGUUUUAAAAAAUUAUUAAUUGCAAUAUACUGCUGCCUCAAAACAAUAAAUUUCUCAACAUAUACCAGUGAAUAUGAGUCUUAAUGUAAAGUGCUUGUAUGGUUCAAAAUGAGAAACGAUAGAAAUUGCACUGUGGAAUUGAGGUUGAUUUGGAUGGAUUUGUCUUCCAGAUUUUGUGAAAUCUAAGGAUAUUUUGGAGAUUGCUCUAAAUAUAUUCUGCUGCAUAAAUGAAUAUGCACGUUAUAGCAGUGAAGUGCUAAGGAUUUGAUUCUGAUAAUUGCGGUUAGUAUUUUGUACCACUACUACAAAUGUAAGCUUUUAGUGGUGACAAAUUAUCAUGUGUCUUUGGUAAUUUUUUUCCCAUUUCCAGGCAAUAAUGUUUGUGUAGAAUAAAAUCUCUAAUUUCUAUUUUUUUACUCAUUUUGUUUGUGAUCUUUUCAAUGUUAAUCAUUUGUGUACUAUGUGCGUUGCUGAGGAAAAAUCCAUUAUGUUUUAUCUGAACAAAUAUUAGGUGCAUUAUCUGAAUAUUGCCUCAUAGUACCUUUACUAUGUAUUAUAAUUAAUUUUCAACUAAAGCAUUAUUUCCAUAAUACAGUAGAACAGUGUACAUUGUGCAGACACAAGAUCAGGAGGAAUCAGUCAAAAUCUCCAACAGGAUUAAAAGUAAUAUUAAAUGUGACAAAUUACAAGGGUAAAAACUGUUCCAACUGCAAAAGAGAUUUAUCAUUCUUUGGUAAAAUCUCUCCCUUAGUUCCAGUGCCUGGUCCAGUCUCUCUAACAAUAGAAUGCUUAAUGGGGAAAUGCAGACUUACAAUUUCACCCUUUGUUGUAGGUACUCUCGACGUAUGUAUGAAAUAAUUUCUGUUGGUUUGGCUGUACAGUAUUCACGUGUAUGGUUGAAUGACAAUUAAGAUUGAACAUGAACUUAAGUACCUCAGUUACAAUCAUGAUCUUCAGGACCAGAGAAUAUACAAAUCUAGUCUGUGCAAUCUUUGGUUAUAAAUUAACCUGUAACCUCUGAGAAGUUCACUCUGAAGCCAAUUUUUUUUGGCUGAAUACAAUACUCCAGAUACACCUUGCCCGAUGAUGACCUGCAGGUUAGAGAAUGGAAAGGAGUACCUUACACCUCCUUUGAUAGAGAGGUAUCUCCACCCUGCCACCCAAAUUCUACCCAGAUUCUUAUUAUAAAUUGUACAAAUCUGUUGUUCCAGCAUAGAUCACUAAAGAAUUUCGUUAAUAACUGGUCUUCAUGUAAGACCAUUCACAGCAGCUCUCCUCGAUGCAGAAACCACCUUACUUUUGCAGAGGGUUUAUUUUAUUAUACUUCUCUGUGAUUGCUUUUGAAAGUCCAGAUCCAUCAAGAUAAUGACCUCAAAAAUUUCAACCAGAUCAGUGAGGCAUGGCAAUUUUUUGAGAACCACCAUGCAAACUCAAGCUUGACCUCGAAUGAUGGUUGAACAUUGUAGAUUAUUAAUUGACACUUGCAAGGUUCAUUGCCGGUUUCCUUUUCUACUAAUCACUUUUGUAAUCUUAUUUUUCAUUCUUUCUUGUAACUUCUACUUUUAGGGGCUGAAGCAGGACAUCACUAAUAAUAAGCACAUCUUGCAGUCAUUUGACAUUUUAAAUCCAUUUUAUAAGACAUUAUAUUGCAGUCAACACUUCUCCAUUCACGAUACAUGGAUAUUUUUGGCCAUUUUUUAAUGACCUCAAUACCUCCUUAUGCAUUGGGAUCCUUGAUUUCCUCACUUGCAGACCCCAGUAAGUUCAGAUUGACAACAACAUCUCCUCCACCAUCUCCCUCAGCACAGCUGCACCACAAGGCUGUGUGCUUGACCCCAGGUCUCCUUGCUUUACACUUACGAUUGUGAGGCUCAGCAAAGCUCCAGUGCCAUAUUUUAUUUACUGGCAACACCACUGUCAUUGGCCAAAUCAAAGGUGGUGACAAAUCAGCAUAUAGGAAAGGGGGAGAUUGAAAUACCUGGCUGAGUGGUGCCACAACAACAACCUCUCACUUAAUGUCAGCAAGACCAAGGAGCUGCUAUUCGACUUGAGGAGAUGGAAACUGGAAGUCCACGAGUCAGCCCUCAUCAAGGGAUCGGAGGUGGAGAGGGUCAGCAACUUUAAAUUUCUUGGUGUUAUCAUUUCAGAGGAGCUGUCCUUGGCCCAGCAUGUAAGUACGAUUAUGGAAAAAAAUGCAUGGUAGCACCUGUUUGCUUAGAAGUUUGCAAAGAUUUGGCGUGACAUCUGAAACGCCAACAAAUUUCUAUAGAUGUGUGUUGGAGAGUAUAUUGACUGGCUGCAUCAAUGCCCUUGAAUGGAAAAUCCUACAAAAAGUAGUUAAUAUGGCCCAGUCCAUCAUGGGUAAAAUCCUCCCACUAUUGAGCACAACUACACAGAGCCUUGUCACAGGAAAGUAGCAUCAUCAAGGGCCCCAGCACCCAGGUCAUGCUGUCCUCUCACUGCUGCCUUCAGGAAGAAGGAACAGAAGCCCCAGGACUCACACUCACACCACCAGGUUCAGAAACAGUUAUUACUACUCAACUAUCAGGCUCUUCAACCUGUGGGAAUUACUUCACUCGCCCCCAUCACUGAACUGUUCCCACAAUCUGUGGACUCACUUUCAACGACUCUUCCUCUCAUGUUCUCAAUAUUUAUUGCUUAUUUAGUUAUUUAUUUUUUUCUUUUGUAUUUGUAGUUUGGUGUCUUUUGCACAUUGGUUGUUUGCCCACUCUGUUGGGUGUGAUCUUUCAUUGAUUCUGUUAUGGUUCUUGAAUUUACUGAGCAUGCCUGCAUUAAAACAAAUUUCAGUGUUGUACUUGGUGACAGAUAAUAAACUUACUCUCAACUUUGAUGGGAAUGUCAUGUUUUGUUAGUUCCAUUGUCACAAUUUUUUUUUCAAAUUUUUACACAUCUUUACGCCAAUGCUAAAAAAAAGCCAAGACACACAUUCAUUUCCUGAAUAAGUGUAAACUUGACAAGUUGUAUUUAACUUUUAUUGCCAGUAGAAAUGGGUAAUCUCAUUUGAUUUUCUUUCUUUUUGAGGAUCAGCUGCCUACUUGUUUCUGCAUGUUCUUUUCGCAAUAGUAAAAAUGAAAAUUGCUUUAAAUAUGCUAUUGUAACAGGGAGUACUCCACAGCUCAUACAGGAAUGCAGAUAUCUACAGGUUACUCGCCGACAUAUAAUUAGCCUAAAUGUGAACUUGCAGAUGAGGCAAAAAUCAGACAAAACAACCGCUUGGAUGGAAAGAAUUGCUCAAGAUCCAGGCAUCAGAAACCAGAAAAGCACUUUUAUAGAGAUAAAUGGCAAGCUUCAGUACAAUUUUACGAACUUGGAUAGUUUAAUUCACAGACUCUGGCAGAAUGGGCUAAAACCAGGAUUUGAACUCAUGGGAAAUCCUUCAGGUUAUUUUACCAAUUUUGAAGAUAAAAAACAACUAUUUGAAUGGAAAAAAAUGAUCACCUGUUUAGCACAAAGGUACAUAGAUAAAUAUAGUUUGGCAUACGUCUCAAAGUGGAAUUUUGAAACAUGGAAUGAACCAGAUCAUCAUGACUUCGAUAAUUUAACAUUCACAGUUCUGGGAUUCCAAAACUACUAUGAUGCCUGUUCAGAAGGUCUAAAAGAUGCGAGCGGGCUGCUUAAAUUCGGCGGUCCUGGGGGAUCAUGCCAUCCUCCCCCGCACUCACCAAUUUGUUGGGGUUUGUUAAACCACUGCUACAAUGGAACCAACUUCUUUACAGGAGAAAUUGGAAUACGACUGGAUUUCAUUGCUUUACACAAAAAGGGUGCUGGUAGUUCGCUGCAUAUCAUAGAGCAAGAAUUGGAUACAGUUCAUCAAAUACAGAAGCUCUUUCCUAAAUUCCAGUCAAUGUCCAUUUACAACGAUGAAGGUGAUCCACUGGUCGGUUGGGCAGUUCCUCAGGUCUGGAGAGCUGAAGUGACAUAUGCUGCUAUGGUCAUUAAGAUAAUAUCACAGCACCAGAAUCUGCUAAUUGCGAAUCCAGAGAGCACAAUAAAUUUCACAUUGCUAAGCAAUGAUAAUGCCUUCCUGAACUACCACCCAAACUACUUUACACAGAGGACUCUUACUGCUAGAUUUCAAAUGAACAAUACAAAGCCACCACACGUACAGAUGAUCCGCAAACCAGUGCUCACUGUUAUGGGGCUGUUGGCAUUAUUAGGUGAGAAGCAAUUGAAAAUAGACAUAAUGCCCACUGGUGAUACUUCGAAUUGGAAUAGUACUUUAGGAGCACUAGCAAGUAUUCAUGAGCCACCAAAUAAUCAUUCGUCUGACAGUUGGCAAGCUGCAGUAUUAAUUUACAAUAGCGACGAUAUUCGAACAUCUUCAGAUGUUACCUUCGUGACUGUCAACCUGACCAAUUUUCCCACCCAAAGAGAGCUCAUGUAUGUCAUUUACCAUCUGGAUAACAAGGACACCAACCCUUACCUACAGUGGAAGAAUUUUGGAAGCCCGGAUUUUCCAACGGUGGAUCAGUUUCAUAUUAUGAGAGAAAUGGAGAAUCCGAUUGUCAAGGGACCGAUGCCAUUUUCUCCCGAAGAAACACUCAUUUUAAAGCUACAGCUUCCUCUUCCUUCCAUUUAUCUUCUGCACAUCUGUGCAAAGCCCGAAAGGUCACCAAAUCAGGUUAAUGGUGUGAGCUUCAUACCUCUGACCCUGGGUCAGGUGGUCAUCAGGUGGGAUGAUGGUUGUGUCAAUUCAAAAUGUUUGAAAACAUUUGAAGUGGAGUUUUCAAUUAAUGGAAGAGUUUACAAAAAGAUCAAUGAUAUGGACACUAUAUUUACCAUUUUUGUAUAUGCUCCACCUGGAAAGAGGAAAGAUCUGUCGGGUUUCUACCGGAUUCGAGCGAUAGAUUACUGGGGCAAGGCUGGAAUAUAUUCUGACCCUGUUAAAUACAUCGAACCCAAGUAUUAGAAAAUGUUUGUGAGAAAUAUUUGUAAUACCAAUAGUAUUAAGCAGGUAAUUAUCUGAGAUCAAAUGGCAUUACAAGCAUAGUAAUUCUUAUUUCAAAACAACAUCAUGAAUGAAAAGUAUUUUGCUAAGUUUGGGCUACACACUGUGUACCAGGGAUCUGGCAAAACGUUAUAUCCUCCAUAAUCACUGAAUCCAUGAGUUAGUCCAAAGACAUACUGAGUAGUAGGUUAAUUGAUCAUGGUAAAUCGUCCUGUGAUUAGGCUAGGGGUGCUGGGCGAUGUGGCUUGGUGGGCCAGAAGGGCCUGUACCACAUUGUAUCUCUAAAUAAAAAUAAGUAAUUGAAGAAGAUAGAACAGUACAGCAUAGGAACAUAUCAUUUGGUCCAUGAUGUCUCUGCUAAAUUAAAAGUCAUCUCUUCUGCCUGUACCUGAUCCAUACCCCUCCAUUCCCUGUGUAUCCAUGUGUCCAUCUGCAAUCUCUCGAACAUCACUAUCGUAUCUGCCUCCACUGCACCCCUAGAAGUGUAUUUCAGGCACCCAGCAGUCUCUAACACCCCAUAUCCCUUUUCAACUUCACCUCCUCACCUUAAAUACAUGACCUCCAGUACCUGACAUUCCUAUCCUGGGGAAAAUAUUCUGACCAUCUGCCCUACCUCAUAGUUUUAUUAAACCCUCAUCAGGUCUCCCUUCAACCUCAUGUUACAGAGAAAACAAACCAAGUUUGUCCAACCUCUCCUUAUGACACGUCCUCUAAUCCAGGCAAAACUUCGCUAAUCCACUUCUGUGCCCUUUCCAAAGCCUCCACAUCCUUGCUCUAACAGGGUGACCAAGGUUGUCCCCUCGGCUCAGUGUGCUGAGGCUGUCGUGAUGUAGGUGCAGCAUGAGGCCAUUCACUACUGAGGCUCAAGAAUGCAGCCUGGCCAGUGUGGAGGAUCACAUGGUGAUAGGCUGCCUCGAUCUCACGGUCUUCCUCAACACCCUCUAUGGGAUCUGAAGGAAGCCACUGUCCUCUGUCUAAUCGCUCCCAGUAGUAAAUUUUCUAAGGUAACAGGCAUAAUGACAAGUGAUCAGCAUUGAACAUAUACCAUAGAUGGUACGGAGGUCAAGGACUUGGAUUAGGUUCCAGCCAGAGAAAUGCUGCCAACGGCUGAUCCAUUUAUGUAUAUUGCUAUUGUGACACCUUUAACUGCUUUUAUUCUGAGGGAUCCUGAUUUACAGAUUAAUGUAUACGACCAAGAUUAACUUCUAUCACUACAGUUUUUGAAAUAACUUGCAAUGUGCAGUUUCUGUUCAGUUCGGUGUACUUAUUGUUGUCCAAAAUGUAACAGAAGACGGUUUUAUGAACCACCAUUAAUUAGAAGUUCUGCUGAAGAUUCUUCAACCUGAAAUGUUAACUGUACCAAAUGAGAGGCAAUGAGUAGAUGUUCUGUGUCAAAGGGUAUUGUGGAAAAUAAAAGCUUGUGAUGAACAGCGUAAUAUAUCAUCAUGGAUAGAAGACUGGUGGGUUCCAGGAAGUAGAGAAUAGGCAUAAAUUAGUCUUUUUUUUAGUAGUCAUUCUGUAAGGAGCGGUGUGUCAUGUGGACCUUGGCUGGGACCUCAACAUUUUGUAAGUUUUUUUUAUAUAAAAAUAAAGUUUAUUCAUUUUAAAGAUAUAUUUAGAAGAAUAA